UCUCUCUCUCAAACAGAGGAAAAAGAAAGGAGAGAGAAACGACUCAGUUUCUGUCUGAGUCGCUUUACCUCUCUGUGUGUGUCUGUGUGUGUGUCUGUCUGCGUCAGAGCGACAGACAGGAGGACGGGAGGAGGAGAAGAAGAAAUAGAAGAAGACGAAGAAGUAAAAGGACGAAAGGAGAAGAAGUGUUGCCCCCCCCCCCCCUCGCUCCGGAGGGUCUCGGUGUGAACAUGGAGCGAACUGGAACUUUCCUGCUGUACGCGUGCGUGUCUGUGCUUUCACUUGGACUAACGGGCACGCGCGCUGACACCUUCAAAGCCUGUCUGUCUGGUCAGUCUCCAGACUGUACUCUGGUCCAGUCCAAAGACGACGACUUCGACUGGGAGCAGGGAGACGCCGGGGACCGACCUGCCGGCAGCAGCUGGAUCCCUGCAGGUUCCCCCUUCCUGUUUGUGAACACAUCAGGCCGUCAUGGUGGUCAACGGGCUCAGCUGCUGCUGCCCCCCCUCAAAGAGAACGACACGCACUGUGUCAGCUUCCUGUUCUACCAGGGGGGGGGACGUGAGGGCGCUACACCCGCCACGCUCAACGUCUACGUCAAAGAGAACAACAGUCCUCUGGGAAUUCCCGUCUUUAACUCCUCAGGCCCCGCCUACCAUAUCUGGAAGGGGGUGGAGCUCGCUGUCUCCACCUUUUGGCCAAACUACUACCAGGUUGUGUUCGAGGCUGUCAGCACCGGUCACAGAGGAGUUCUGGCCAUCAAGGACAUCACACUACAGGGACAUCAAUGCAUGAGUACGCCUCACUUCCUGCACAUCAAAGGUGUCGAGGUGAACGCCGGACAGACGGCGACGUUUCACUGCACCGUGAACGGACGCCCACAGAACAACCUGCUGCUCUACCUGCAGGGGAUGGCCGGGCGCCAGGCGCUGGUGAGGGAAACCAAGCCGGUGAACUCCCGGCGCUACGUGGCGAGCUUCGACGUGGAGAACACGACCAAAGGCGAUUCGGGACGCUAUCGCUGCAUCGCCCAAUCGGAGCGAGGCGUCGGCGUGUCAUCGUACGCUGACCUCACAGUGAAACAGCCUCCCGUACCAAUCGCCCCCCCCCAGCUGACGGCAGUGGGCGCCACCUACCUGUGGAUCCAGCUCAACGCAAACUCAAUCAACGGAGAUGGACCAAUCAUAGAGAGAGAGGUGGAGUACCGCACCAUGCUGGGCAUGUUGAUUGACACCACCCCGGUGGAUAAGCCCACCCACAAGAUCGGACACCUGGACCCCGACACCGAGUACGAGGUCAGCGUGCUGCUCACCAGGCCCCUGGAGGGAGGCACGGGAAACCCCGGGCCACCGCUCCGAGCUAGGACCAAGUGUGCAGAUCCGAUGCGCGGCCCGCGGCGUCUGGAGGUCGUGGACGUUCAGUCCAAACAGAUGACGGUUCGAUGGGAACCGUUCGGAUACAACGUGACGCGCUGCCACAGCUACAACGUGACCGCACAGUACCACUACAGACCAGCAGGGGCCGCCAGCAGGGAGCGGGUGAAGGAGGAGGUGAGGGAGGAGGUGGUGUACGACCCUCUGAGCAGCGUGCCGCAGCACACCGUGAGGAACCUGCCGCCGUUCACCAACGUCAGCCUGAGACUCGUCCUCAGCAACCCAGAGGGACGCAAGGAGAGCGAGGAGCUGCUGGUGCUGACCGACGAGGACGUUCCUGGAGCGGUUCCCGUGGACUCGGUGGUCGGCAGCAGCUACGAGCAGCAGAUCAGUCUGAGCUGGAGAGAACCGCUGCAGACGUACGGCCUCAUCCGCCAGUACGAGAUCUCUUACAAAGCUCUGAGCUCCUUCGACACAGAGUUCGAUCUGUCCAAUCAGAGCGGCAAGGUAUUCAAACCGACUAAUGAGACGAGUCACGUGUUCACGGGCCUCUACCCAGGCUCCACCUACUCCUUCACAAUAAGAGCCUCCACCGUUAAAGGCUUCGGACCUCCAGUGAUCACACAGUUCACCACCAAGAUCUCAGCUCCGCUGAUGCCAGCGUACGACCAGGAGUCUCCUCUGAACCAGACCGACUCCACCGUCACUCUCCUGCUGCGACCAGCUCAGAGCCGAGGAGCACCAGUCAGUAAGUACCAGGUGGUGGUGGAGGAGGAGCGCCCCCGCAGGCAUAGCAGAGGUACUGCAGAGAUCCUGCGUUGUUACCCGGUGCCCAUUCACUUCCAGAACGCGACGUUGCUCAACUCGCAGUAUUACUUCAGCGCAGAGCUGCCGAUGAGUGAGAUGAGGAGCCCCAUACCCUUCUGUGUCGGUGACAACAGGACGUACAGUGGUUACUGGAACGCUCCUCUGCUGCCUCAUAAGAGUUAUGGUAUCUACUAUCAGGCCGUCAGCACUGCCAAUGGGGAGACAAAGAUCGACUGUGUGCGAGUGGCCACUAAAGCUGCUAUAAUCGUCACCCAGCUCACGACGCCGUAUAUCCGAGUCGCCCCGGCAGCAGGCGACAAGCAGCUGACAGGAGCUGCGACCAGAAAACCAGAACCAGAGCAGGAGAAUCAGUCGGAUCACACGGUGAAGAUUGCUGGAGCCAUCGCUGGCGUUCUGCUCUUCAUCAUCAUCUUCCUUGGAGUCAUCCUGCUGAUGAAGAAACGACGAAGAAACUCUCAGUCCUACACUUACUACCUGAAGUUGGCGAAGAAGAGGAAGGAAACUCUGAGCUCCAGACAGGAAAUGACUCUAAUGGUCAACAACUCCCAACACACAACCAUGGUGGACACACACUCACACACACUGAAUGGACGCACUGUUUCGUCUCCGUCCUCCUUCACCCUGAAGUCAAAUACCAUCAGCACCUCCGUCCCCAACUCCUACUACCCAGAUCCCUUCGUACCGACGGCCAUUCUGGAUGACAGUCACACGAUGACCAGUGAAACCAGCAGCCUGGUCCAGUCCCACUACAAACAGAGAGAGUCCGAGCGCGAGGCUCCGCCCUACCAGACGGGGCAGCUGCACCCGGCCAUCCGAGUGGCCGACCUGCUGCAGCACAUCACCCAGAUGAAGUGCGCUGAGGGGUACGGCUUCAAGGAGGAGUACGAGAGCUUCUUUGAGGGACAGUCUGCUCCAUGGGAUUCUGCCAAAAAGGACGAGAACCGCAUGAAGAACCGUUAUGGAAACAUCAUCGCCUACGAUCACUCUCGUGUGCGUCUGCAGCCUCAGGACGGAGAGAGUGGGUCCGACUACAUCAACGCUAACUAUGUGGACGGAUACCACAGACCCAAUCACUACGUCGCCACCCAGGGUCCGAUGCAGGAGACGGUGUAUGAUUUCUGGCGGAUGGUUUGGCAAGAGAACACCGCUGCCAUUGUCAUGGUAACCAACCUCGUGGAGGUGGGGCGGGUGAAGUGUUGUAAGUACUGGCCUGACGACACAGAGAUCUACGGCGACAUGAAGGUGACGUUGAUUGAGACUCAGCUGCUUUCAGAGUACGUGAUCCGAACCUUCGCUGUGGAGAAGAGGGGCGUGGCAGAGAUCAGGGAGAUCCGUCAGUUUCAUUUCACCGGUUGGCCCGAUCACGGCGUACCGCUUCACGCCACUGGCCUGCUGGGAUUCAUCCGACGUGUCAAGGCCAAAACUCCGCCCACUUCUGGCCCCACCGUGGUUCACUGCAGUGCGGGGGCGGGGCGGACAGGUUGUUUCAUAGUGAUUGACAUCAUGCUGGACAUGGCUGAGAGAGAGGGUGUGGUCGACAUAUACAACUGUGUCAGAGAACUGAGAGCCCGAAGAGUGAACAUGGUGCAGACGGAGGAGCAGUAUGUCUUCAUACAUGACGCCAUCUUGGAGGCGUGUCUCUGCGGCGACACAGCGAUUCCAGCCAAUCAGCUGCGGUCGGUUUAUUAUGAGAUGAACCGAUUGGAUCCUCAGACAAACUCCAGUCCAAUCAAAGAGGAGUUCAGGACUCUGAACAUGGUGACACCGACGCUGCGGGUGGAGGACUGCAGCAUCGCCCUGUUGCCUAGAAACCACGAAAAGAACCGGUGCAUGGACGUGCUGCCUCCGGACCGCUGCCUCCCCUUCCUCAUCACCAUCGACGGGGAGAGCUCCAACUACAUCAACGCUGCGCUGAUGGACAGCUACAAGCAGCCGUCGGCCUUCAUCGUUACCCAGCAUCCUUUGCCCAACACGGUAAAAGACUUCUGGCGUCUGGUGCUUGACUACCACUGUACGUCCAUCGUCAUGCUGAACGACGUUGACCCGGCUCAGCUGUGUCCUCAGUACUGGCCGGAGAAUGGUGUCCAUCGUCUGGGUUCGCUGCAGGUGGAGUUUGUCUCUGCUGAUCUGGAGGAAGACGUCAUCAGUCGCAUCUUCAGGAUCUACAACACAGCCAGGCCUCAGGACGGGUACCGUAUGGUGCAGCAGUUCCAGUUCCUGGGUUGGCCGAUGUACCGGGACACGCCCGUGUCCAAGCGCUCCUUCCUCAAACUGGUUCAUCAAGUGGACAAAUGGCAGGAGGAGUACGACGGCGGCGAGGGGCGCACGGUGGUGCACUGCCUGAAUGGCGGCGGUCGCAGCGGAGUCUUCUGCAGCAUCAGCAUCGUGUGUGAGAUGUUGCGACAGCAGAGAUGUGUUGACGUCUUUCACGCUGUCAAAACUCUGAGGAACAACAAACCCAACAUGGUGGAUCUGCUGGAACAGUAUAAAUUCUGUUAUGAAGUUGCUCUGGAGUAUCUCAACUCUGCUUAACUUCAACAAGAAUCUUCAUCGUGUUCACCCUCACCAGAAGAGGAGAAGGAGGUUUACUACUGACUGAAGGAGCAGAGGAGGAGGAAGAGGAGGAGGAAGAGGAGGAUGUAUUUGCACUGCCUUGUCAGACUGAAGUGUGACGUGCAGCAUGGACACACACUCACUCUGUUUGAUCUUAUUGUGUCACGUUGUUGUGUUUGUAUUGUUUAGUUGUGUUAAUGAACCAAAACCACGUCAGAGUCUGUGAUCGAUCAGAUCGAUAAUCAAUUCCGAACCCCCCCGACACCCAACCAGACAACUGCACCCUCAAAAUAAAAGCUUCUGAACCCACUGGUAUCACCUCCUGUCCUGUCAAAAUAAAAGAUGAUUGUUGAAUAAGAUACUAAAAUGAUCGAUGAAUCAAUAAUCAUCUCACACGUCAGCGCUUCUUCUUCUUCUUCAGUUUCAGCUGAAAUGAGGUUUGUGUUUCAGAAGCAAGAGUUGACUGAGAACUGAGCCCUGUGGGACACCGUACAUUCAACUAUAAACUUUGAACCUUAGCGAUCAGCUGAUCGAUGAUGAAACUCAGCGGCUCGUUCUGACCACACCACCUCAAGAGAAAAGUUGUGUGAAGAAGUUUGUCCGUCCUGUUGUGUGUCUUCUUCGUUGGUGCUUGAUGUCGACCGUCUCAGUCGUCAGCAGCCGUUUGUUCAUAUUGUAAAUAAAUCAACAGGAAACAGGAAGAAGAAUAUUUAUUCCUCCAGUCGUGGUCAGUGUCGUCAUGGUCGAUCUGCAGAAGCACAGAGAGAGAGAGAGAGAGAGAGAGAGAGAAUUAUGUUGCAUGAUUUUAAUCGUUGGAGCAGCUGAACCACAGCUACACCAGGAAACGACUCCACUCUGCUGACACGUGGCUCAUGUUGGUUGAACCCUGUUAGUUUGUGGCUCUGGUGCUGAUGAGAACUUUGUUGUGAUGAAAUAUAUUAUUUAUGUUGUUAUGUAUAUUCAAAAUAAAAAUCUCUAUACACAUGUCACCGA